AUGGCAAUCAUGAAGAAGUAUCUCGGGCUCAGGGGCCACUCCCUCAACUAUGCCAUCGGCGCUAUCGCCGGGUGCGAUUUCCUGCUUUUUGGAUAUGACCAGGGUGUCAUGGGAGGCAUCUUGACAAUGCCCAGCUUCUUGAACCUGUUCCCUAUGCUCGACUCUAGUGCCGCCGGUCUAACAGCCGCCGAAUCAUCGACGAGAUCUACCACUCAGGGAAUUGCUGUCUCCUCCUAUAACUUGGGCUGCUUUAUCGGAGCGAUUCUCACCAUCUUCAUUGGUAACCCCCUCGGCCGACGUCGCAUGAUCAUGCUGGGCACCAGCAUUAUGAUCGUUGGCGCAAUCCUCCAAGCGUCCGCUACCACGAUCGAGCAAUUCAUCAUCGGCCGUAUCAUCACUGGAAUGGGUAACGGAGGGAACACCUCGACGGUUCCCACUUGGCAGUCAGAAACAUCCAAGUCCCACAAGCGCGGCAAGCUGGUCAUGAUCGAAGGUGCCCUCAUUUCGGGUGGCAUUAUGAUCAGUAACUGGAUUGAUCUCGGCUUUAGCUUCGCACCCGGAUCAGUGGCAUGGAGGUUCCCCCUGGCCUUCCAAUGCGCCUUCUGCAUAUUCAUCUUGUGCUUUGUCAGCUAUCUCCCCGAGUCCCCUCGAUGGCUUGUGCUCAAGGGCAGACACGAUGAAGCGAAAGAGGUGUUGGCCGCUCUGUCAGACAUCAGUGAAGACGACAAGCUCAUCACAAACGAGCUUGCUGCCAUCCAGGAUACGGUGAUCGAGAUGUCCAAGGGCUCGUUCCGCGACUUGUUCACCAUGGGCAAAGAUAGGAACUUCCACCGAGCCCUUCUUGGAUACGUCAACCAGAUGUUCCAACAGAUCAGCGGAUGCAACCUCAUCACCUACUACGCUCCUGUCAUCUGCAAGGGGCUCGGCAUGAGCGACUUCCUGAGUCUGGUGCUCGCGUCGUGUAUCGCGACCCAGUACUUCCUCAUCUCCUGGCCACCGGUCUUCAUCGUGGAACGGGUCGGUCGACGCAAGUUGAUGCUGUUUGGUGCCGCUGGCCAGUCGGCAACCAUGGCCAUCCUCGCUGGUGUCAACUCCCAGGAUGCAGCAGGCUUCAAAGUUGCCGCGAUCGUCUUCCUGUUUGUGUUCAACAGCUUCUUCGCAUUUGGGUGGCUUGGAAUGACCUGGCUGUACCCUGCCGAGAUCGUCCCGCUGCGCAUUCGAGCUCCAGCGAACGCCAUGUCUACGUCAGCCAACUGGAUCUUCAACUUCCUUGUCGUCAUGAUCACCCCAGUCGCGUUCGACUCGAUCGGAUACCAGACCUACAUCAUCUUCGCUGUGAUCAACGCCUUCAUGGUACCGUCAGUUUACUUCUUCUUCCCCGAGACCAGUUACAGGUCGCUCGAGGAGAUGGACUCGAUCUUCCACAAGGUAUCCGGCGCGAAGGGCUUCCUCACCGUGGUCGGCGUCGCCAGGAACGCGCCGAGACGGUACGGAAAGAACGGCGAACUCCUGAUCGCGUAUGACGAAACCGACGAGAACAAGGCCCAGAUGGACCACGUCGAGAAGCGAGAUUCCAACAGCGACAUGGCGGCUGAUGAGGAGAGUGCCCGAGGCCAGGGUGGUGUUUUGAGAGGCGGGAGGCCGUGA